UACAGUCUCUGCUGGACCUUCUUCUGAACAGCAACUAUGGGUAGUGACGUCAGCGCUGCGCUGAUUCAGCAAAGGCAAGCCGGAAGCAAAACAAAGCGCACUGCGCAGCCGCAGUAGCAGGCUGAGCUCGUGACGUCCAAAGGUGAAGGAGCGCGAGCGUUGCUGCUGUUUGGACAAAACCGGAAGUGAGGAAGAGGAGUUUGGAUCAGAAGGAACAAACCACGUUAGAAAAAGAAAUGAUAUAUUAGUAGAGACAACGGUGGCCUGCUGGAAGUUCUUGAUCAGGAGACACUCAGUGCUUCAAACCUGGGGAACCAGAACAGUGUUUGGACCACCUUGACUAAAUACCUGUUUAGCACUGUUGGUGUUCAGUUCCUUCUCAGACGUAAGAACGCUGCAGACAGAAGAACCUUCAAACAUUUCAGGUCCACCAACUGUUCUGUUCUGUUUGGACCAGUAUCUGAUGCCGUGCCAGUCAGAGCCUGACAGCUACUGAAACGUUCCCACACUGGUCCCGUUUCUCGUAACUGAACUAAAAAAUACCUGGACAGCUACCAAUAAAUACUGUGUUAGUAAAGUUCUUUCAUUAAUGAUUGAUGGAGGCCACUGGGCUCACUGGGACCUUCAGAGCAGCAGACACUGUUCUCUAUCCUUCCUCAGAUUUGUUCCUCAAGACAUUCCUGUCUCAGAGGUCUCCAGACGGUUCCUUUGGCUUCAUGCUUAGUGCCUUUCCUAACCACGUCCAAUCAGCUGAACUUACCACAGUGAUGAAGAGGGGCCGGGUGCUGGCGGUCCUGGUGGGCGGAGUCUUCUGCCUGGCUGUGAUGUCACUGUACCGCAUGCUGGAGCUGAUGCAGGGUGCGGAGCGUGAUCAGCGCGGUGGCUCACCUGUCGGGCAGGUGGAGGAAGAUUUGUCCCGCCUCCAGCUGAAAAUCGACAGGUUGGAGCACCUUUUGGUGGACAACAACCGGUUGGUUGCUCGGCUACGGGACUUGCUGUUGCUUAGAGAAUCACCUGAAGGAAGGGGUGUGGCCAACGUCAGCUCAGACUCCACCCACAACAGAGGGGGUCCGCCUCCUGGUUGCCUAAAAGCCGAAGAGAUUAAGGACAGCGUUGAUGGAGUGCAGCUGCUGGAUGUUUAUGACCUCCUGCCCUUUGACAACCCCGACGGCGGCGCUUGGAAGCAGGGAUUUGAGAUCAGUUACCAUGGAGACGAGUGGGCAGAGCAGCCUCUGGAGCUGUUCCUGGUACCCCACUCCCACAACGACCCAGGCUGGCUGAAGACGUUUGACGGCUACUACCAAGACCAGACCAGACACAUCCUGGACAACAUGCUGGUUAAACUGGGCGAGGACAGCAGGAGGAAGAUGAUCUGGGCUGAGAUCAGUUAUUUCUCCAAGUGGUGGAGUGACAUCGAUGACCAGAAGAGGGCGCUGGUCAAACGCCUGGUAAAGGCGGGGCAGCUGGAGAUGGUGACGGGCGGCUGGGUGAUGGCGGAUGAAGCUAACUCUCAUUACUACGCCAUGCUGGAUCAGCUGAUGGAAGGCCACCAGUGGCUUCAGACUCACCUGGGCGUGAAGCCAAGCAGUGGCUGGGCCAUCGAUCCCUUUGGACACUCCCCUUCCAUGACGUACCUGCUAAAGGGGGCGGGGCUUGACAACAUGGUGGUCCAGAGGGUGCACUACUCCGUCAAGAAGCACUUCGCCAGGCAACAGACGCUGGAAUUUCUAUGGCGACAGAGCUGGGACCUCUCCUCCCGCAGUGACAUCACAUGUCACAUGAUGCCAUUCUACAGCUACGAUGUUCCACACACGUGCGGUCCAAACCCGGCGGUCUGCUGCCAGUUCGACUUCCACCGUCUGCCAGGAGGACGUGUUUUCUGUCCAUGGAGGAUCCCGCCACAGCCAAUCACAGAGCAGAACGUCAAGGAGAGAGCUCUCCUCUUGUUGGAUCAGUACCGGCAAAAGUCCCGUCUCUUUCGUUCACCAGUUCUUCUGGUUCCUCUUGGAGAUGACUUCCGCUACGUGGAGUCUAAAGAGUGGGACGCUCAGUUCAACAACUACCAGAAGUUGUUUGACUACUUCAACCAGCACCCCGAGCUGCACAUCAAGGCUCGUUUUGGGACUCUGUCAGAUUACUUUGCUGCUCUUCAUCAGCGGCUGAACACAGCAGGAACAACUCUGCCUACACUCCGUGGAGACUUCUUCACAUACGCCGACCGAGACGAUCAUUACUGGAGCGGAUACUUCACAUCACGGCCAUUCUACAAACGACUGGACAGAACCUUGGAGUCCAUGCUCAGAGCGACUGAAAUCCUUUACACUCUCACGUUGGCUGAAAUGCGUCGUUUCCGUAAAGAUGGUCGUUUGGUUGAAGGUUUUCCUGCCCGUGAACAUUAUCAACGUCUGACAGAGGGGAGACGGAGCCUAGGGCUCUUCCAGCACCAUGACGCCAUCUCAGGAACUGGUCGUGACCCUGUGGUGAUCGACUACGGCAUCAGGUUGUUUCAUGCCAUCCUGAACCUGCGGCAGGUGCUGCUGAGCUCCGCCCACUGGCUGCUCCUGUUGGACAAGGGCCAGUACCACAAAGACCAAUUAAAAUCCUUCUUGCAAAUGGAUGAUGUGAUCUCAGCACAGGAUGCUCUGCCUCAGAAGACAACACUGACACUCAGUGAUGAGCCCAGAUCAUUGAUUCUUUUUAACCCAACGGAGCAGCACCGUACUACUGUCAUCAGCCUUGUUGUCAACUCUCCAGAUGCUCAUAUUGCUGAUGCAGAAACAGGUCGACCAAUAGCAGCUCAGAUCUCGGCUGUGUGGGUGGAGCCAAGCAAAGUGUCUGCAGAAGCCUUCCAGCUCUCCUUCGCUGCUGAACUUCCUCCUCUGUCACUUAUUGUGUAUCAUGUGAUCAAAGCCCCUGCUGGCUCCACCCCUCGGGCUCGCUACACUAUUCAUCGUCAUGGCAACCCACCAACUGUCCACUCUGAGCACUUCCAGAUGUCCCAGCUCGAUGGAACUGAAGCCAACACACCUCUGUCACUUAGCAACAAGCACCUUCAGAUGUGGAACUCCCCGGAAACUGGCCUGUUGCAGAAGCUCCGGCUGCAGUCUGGUCUGGUCCGUCAGGUCCAGGUCCAGUUCCUGUGGUAUGGAACAAGAACUUCAGGGGAUAAGAGUGGAGCGUACUUGUUCCUGCCAGGGGUGGAGGGGCCUCAGGCCUACUCAUCUUCUGAGCCCCCCCUGGUCCGAGUAACCAGAGGGCCGAUCUUCUCUGACAUCACUUCCUGUUUCCCACACUUCACACACACAGUCCGACUCUACCACCUGGAUGGGCAUGCUGGGAAAUCCCUGGAAAUUUCUAACACAGUUGACAUCAGGUCAGAGACCAACAGGGAGCUGGUCAUGCGAAUCAUGAGUGACGUCACGAGCGGCAACCGUUUCUAUACCGACCUCAACGGUUUCCAGAUGCAGCAGCGCCGCACCCUGGAGAAGCUCCCCCUGCAGGCUAACUUUUACCCAAUGACAUCGUCAUCGUUCCUUCAGGACUCAACGAGUCGUCUUUCGCUGCUGUCGGCUCAGAGCCAGGCGGUGGCAUCGCUGCGAUCAGGUGAGCUGGAGCUGGUGUUGGACCGGCGGCUGCAGCAGGACGAUAACCGCGGCCUCGGUCAGGGUGUCACAGACAACAAGCUGACGGCAAAUCUCUACCACCUGCUGCUGGAGGACCACAAGGGCGAGGCCAAGGAAAUGGGCGGAGCCUCAGUGGAACACCUGUCUCUGCUCGCCCACCUGGCCUCUCUCUCCCUCUGCCACCCUCCCAUCACCAUGGUAGCCCUGAGUGAGGAACAGCUCCCGAAGCUCCGCCCCUUCCAGCCGCUACGCUCGUCUCUGCCGUGUGACGUGCACUUGUUGAAUCUGAGGACGCUGGAGGACCCACAGGAAGCUGGAAGUCCAUCACAGGAAGUGGCCCUCCUCCUCCACAGGAAGGGUUUCGAUUGUAACUCCGCCCCCGAACCGGUUCCGAUGUGCACAUGGAGUGAAGAUGAGGAGAUGAACCUGGACGACCUCUUCUCUCCUCUUCGGUUCCGCUCGCUCCGGCGGUCCGGCUUCACUCUGCUCCGUGACCAUGACGAGCCUGACUCCGCCCACCAGGCGCAGCGUGUCGCUGUGCUGCAUCCGAUGGAGAUCAGCGCGUUCCGCGUGCAGAUCGAGUGACGAAGCUGCGACCAAUGAGCUGAGACCUGGAGGGAUCAGCAAGCUGGAACAGCAGGAGGGCAGGGUCUUUCACAAUAAAAGCCAUCUAAGGUCAGAAACACUGAAGCCUCUUGUUGCUACGGGAACACGUGUGUUGAAUGUGUGUGUUUCCAUGGAGACGCUAUGUUACUGUUCUCCUUGUGAGCGUGUGUCAGAUUUAUUGUUGUUUUUGGUGAACUGGGGAAUUCUGGGAAAUGUAUUUUUGUAAAUUUCUUUUUUUCUGUGAAGCUGGGGAAGAAAAUGUGAAGGGUUCUGUUUCUGUGGAAAAUCUGGUUGAAUAAAAUUUAAAUUAUUGAUUAAAUGGAAA